UGCUGUGUUUUCGUAGAGACGGGACGGACGGAGCAAGCGGCGAGAGGACGCUCCGCUCCGCCGCAGUCUUUGGCCGCCUCGAUCGCGCCGUGCCGUUGCCGUGCACCACACCGUGCACUCGCAGUGCCGUCGCCAGGACAGGACGGACACUGUCAGCGAGACCGAGCCGGUGUCGAGGAGCCGAGUGCAACGCGUCCCGAAAAGCGACGCCAGUGGCGCGGACAGUGCAACGACUCCCCUUGGAAUACCCUGCGGUGUUUGUGUCUGUGAAACAAGUGUCUGGAGGAUGACCCCCCCAUGCCCCGUCGCGACUCGCGCGAGCAUCGGCAGGGAAACCCCCUCCCCCUCCCCAAGCACGCCGUCAUGGCAGUGGUGAUGAGGGCGGAUCGGCACUGCAAGUGCAGUGUGUGAGUGCAAGUGUCAAGUGCAAUAACAAUGUGACCUGCGACGACCAGCCACACGCGUGACGUCAUGCCAAGGCGAAAAGGAAUCUCCCACAAACAACGGUCGGCACAAACCAUAAAGCAGCAGCAGCAGCGAAUCAUCCAGGAAAUACUCCAGGAGAAACGAAAGAAGGCGGAGCAGCAGGAGCGCGAAGAGCGCCUUGCCUUGACUGAGGGAAGGAAGAAGAAGACUGCAGCCGUCAUCAGCAACGAUGAGCCCGAGGGAAAUGGCGUGCGGAGCGCCAACAACCAGGAUGCCAAGCAGUACCUGCACAAGAAGUUCAAGAAGGUGGUUGAAAUGGACGAGGCGCCGGAGGUGGCUUCCCCCGCCCCCGCCGUCGCGCCCGCCACCCCCAUGGUGAACGGGCACCCCCCGCCCGCGCCGCCGGCCACUGCGGGAGACACGCCCGUCGGCGGCCCGUGGGCGGGGGCGGCCGGGGCCGCGGGGGCCGUGGGGGCCGCGGGCCCGGGCACCAAGACUGCAAGUAGUGUGAUACCUGAGAGUACAAACUCGGAGGGCGCGGCGCCGGGCCGCCACGUUUGCCCGUACUGCAACCUGGCGUGCCUCAAGCCCAGCGUCCUGGAGAAGCACAUCCGCGCGCACACGGGCGAACGUCCCUACCCCUGCACCCCGUGCGGCUUCUCCUUCAAGACCAAGAGCAACCUGUACAAGCACUGCCGUUCGCGCGCGCACACGCUCAAGAUGGAGGAGGAGGGCGCCGACCCGUCCAAGUUCCCGGUGCUGCCGCAGGAUGCGGACGAGGAGGUGUCGAGCGACGGCGGCGACGACGCCAUGCCUCUCCCCGUGGCGACGCCCAGCAGCGCGCUGCCCGGCCAGUCCUUCGGCCGCGCCGAGGCCGAGCAGCCCGAGCCCCCCAACGCGCCGCGGAACAUCUACAAGCCCAAGUUCCACCCCGCCGCCUUCCAGUACAGCCCGUCCACCGAGGAGAUGGUGACCAACCCUGACGGCGUGGAGUCCGGGCCCGGCUCUGGGCCUCGGCCCGGACCGGACCUGCCGCCGAGCCAGUCCUCCACGCCCGGCCUCGGCCCCGGCCACGGCCCGGGCACCCCCAGCCCCGACUCGGUGCAGCGCCACAUCAACAAGCUCAUCUCGGAGAACGCCCACAUCAUGGAGACGACGGACCCGCAGGCCCACAUGUACGGCCGGUCGCUGAGCAGGGCGGCGGCCGAGGCGGCGGCCGAGGCGACGGCCAGCCCUCCCACGGUGGUGGAGAGCCCCUCGGCCUCGCCCACGGCCGCGGCCUCGUCCGUGUGGCACAAGAAGUUCCUGUACCGCUCCAUGAGCGGGACGCAGGGCGCCGACGCCGUUGCCAUGACGGCGGAGCAGGCCGAGUCGGAGAAGAAGUCGAAGCUGGCCCUGGCGCUGCUGGGGCCCAAGCCCGCCCCCGCCCCGACGGUCGCACCCCCGGCUCCGGCCUCCCCUCUGCUGUCGCGGCCCGUGCUCAUGUCGGCCGCACCGCCUGUCGCCUCGCAGGGCGCGCAGCCCAUGCAGGCCGACGCCCCUCUCAACCUGUCCAAGCCGGCCUUGGCCUUUCCGAGAUCGGCGGCGCGGGACCGCGAGGCGUUUCCCACCAGCAACGGCAGCGCGGCCGACCUGGCCAGCGUGGACGCCGACGGCACUCUGGACCUGACCCUGAAGCGCUCGGCGCCGCAGCAACCCCCUGUGCACCACCAGCCUCAAGUGCCUCUGCCGCUGCACCACCAGCCCACCUACCUCCACCAGCCCCACCAGACCCAGCACGCCCUCUACCGGGGAAUGAACCACCUGCAGCCCAUGAUGCCCGCCGCCACCACCAAGGCGCCUACCGCUGCCACCACGCUUCACGCCGACCAGGACUCCGCGUUCAGGCGGGUCCCCGCCACGUCGUACGUGGACGCCCACCAGGGCAGCGUGGACGGGUCCGUCAUCAAGGGCAUCCUGCUCAAGUCCCAGGCCGGCAUGCACUACCUUCCGCCCUUCGACGCCGGCCUCGGCCUGCCCUCCAUGCCCGCCCUGCCGACCCUACCCAGCCUGCACCACGUGCCCGGCGUGCCCGCGGACGGGUCGCCCUACCUCAUGGGCGGCCAGUACGCCUACCAGUGCCACGGCUGCAAGGCGCCGUACCGCAGCCCCGAGGCGCUCCGCAAGCACGUCAUGUACUGCCCCAAGGCGUUCCCCCCGCCGCGACCGCCCAGCGGCGCGUUCCCGGAGUCGCCGCGGCACACGGCCGUGGCGCCGCCGCAGCCGUCCCCGGGGCCGCUGCUCGGCAACACGCCCCUCGUGGACAGCUACAACCACCGCGACCCGCCGCUCAAGAAGCGGCGCCUGGAUUCCGGCGGCGGCCACCCCUCGCCGUCGCGGUCGCCACUGCCCACGCCGCUCCGCGGUCUGGACGACCUGUCUCGCAGCCCGCUGCAGUCUCGGGCGGCCAACUCGCUGCAGAUGUUCGGCGGCCAGGUGCAGAUCCUGGACAACACGGCGGGCGAGCCGACCACGCUGCGCAUCGAGCCGUCGGGCGCCUCGUCCGGGUCCGGCAUCGGCAGCAUGCCCGGCAGCGAGAAGAACCACGGCGGCGUGGACGGCAGCCGCAGCAGUUCGUCUCCGCAGCAGAUGGUGGUGACGAUCGCCAAGUCGGGGCUGCAGACGGGCGGCGGCACCAUCUUGCAGCACGUUCCCGCGUCCUCGUCGGACUCUUCCUUGUCCACCUCGAAGGCGGACCUCGCCAACAAGUCGCUCUUCGGCAUCAACACCAUGGCGGACGCCACACACCUUGCCAUGACCUUCAUCCCCAACAUCGCCACGCCCAACUUGGCCAUCAAAGGCAUCCCCACCCCGCACGCGCUUCUACUCCACCCCAUGGCGCACAGCGCGCACAGCCUUCCCAUGCCGUCGUCCAUGGCAUCAUCCAUGGCCUCGUCCAUGGCGUCGUCCAUGGCCUCGCACGCCCACAUGAUGGGCCUCGUCCCACACGCCCUGGCGGACGGCUCCCUGCUGAACCCGCUCACCAGCAUCACGGCCUUCAACCCCUUGACGCUGCCGGCGGCGCCGAUGCCUCAGGCGACGCCACCGCCACCGCCGGCAGCCCCUCAGCUUCCGUCGGCACCAGCUCAGCACAGCACGCUGGCUUCCUUGUCGUCCACGACGACAUCAUCGUCCAGCCUGGCGUACGGCGGCGGCGUCAUGACCAUCGUGCACGGCGGCCGGGCCAUCCCUCACGUGCCCGGCAUGCCGGGGCCCGCCUCGCAGGUGCACCUGCCCUCGACGCCGUCCGCCCCGCCGCCUGCCGCCUUCAGCACCGUGACGCCCUCCAUGGCGAGCGCCACGACGGCCACCACCAUCACCAUGACGCCCUCCAUGGCGCCCAUCUCAGCGCCGUUCCGCCGGCCUUCGCCGUCUGUGCCUGUCAAGGCGGCGCCGCUGUCGCUAGCGCUGCCUGCGCUGCCUGCGUUGCCGCCCACCUCUCAGCACGCUGUCCGAAGUCGACCCCCUACGCCGUCCGCCCCCUCCGCCACCCCUUCCCCCGCGCCUGCCCCCGCCCCCGUCGCCACGAACCCGCCAACGACGUCCUCCGUGUUGGCGCCGCCCCCUCCUCCAUCCCCUGUUGCUGAGAAGCGGAACUUCCACAUGUUCUCCGCGGAGGCCAUGAAGAAAGAGGAGCAGCGCCGGGAUGGACUGCCCAGCAUCUGUGUGAACUCGGCGAGGAUCUUCUCUGGUCCUCCGUCAAGCACCGCGACCUCCGCGACCUCGGAGGACCCCGGCCUGCCCGGCCCGUCCAGCCCAGCGACUCUGAAGCGCCCCUUCACCCAGGACAGGGAAGACCUGGAGGAAAAGAAGGCCAAGAUGUCAAGCACCAGUGUGGCUCAAGAUGUGAUUGAGGAAUCAAAAGAAGCAGGCAGUAAAACUACAACUUCAGAAGCAGCUCAAGGGAAUCGUUUCCUGAGGCCCACAAUGAGGCCUACAUCAUUGCCCCUGAAGCCUGGAACAUAUACACCGAAACGACUUUUAAUUACCCCGAAUGUUCUUCCUCUCAUUAGCCCUGAGACCCCAAGGCCCAAAAAGUCUUAUGGACAACUCUACCUAAACGGCCAUGCUUAUACCUAUCUUGGCUUGAAAUGUUCCACUCGUCCAUACUUCUGUACCCUGAAUCGGUUGCAGCCAACAUAUGUUGAACUCAGUCCUGACCACAGCAAGCUGUCAAUGUAUUCUAACUGGAAGGUUUAUGAUCCUGAGCCUAAUCCUUGUGGAUUGACACCGAGUGAAGCAAUUGCCAUGUAUGACUCGCGCCACAGACCUUUCGAAAACACUGUUGCUGGUGGCAAGAAUACAAUGAAGUUGACACACUCCUCCUACUGGUUGAGUCGUGUCAAAAAAGAGACGGAUCCCGCACAGGAUGCUGGUGAUGAAGCUGUCAAUGCACCCAAGAGGAUUAAAAUAUUUGCUGGUGGUUUUGAGUCAUAUGAAGAGUACACAUACAUCCGGGGAAGAGGUCGAGGUCGCUAUGUUUGUGGGGAGUGUGGAAUAAGAUGCAAGAAACCAUCCAUGUUAAAGAAACAUAUUCGCACUCAUACAGAUGUUCGGCCUUUUACUUGUAGACAUUGCAGCUUCAGCUUCAAAACCAAAGGCAACUUAACAAAGCACAUGAAAUCCAAAGCACAUUAUAAGAAAUGUGUAGAGAUGAAUAUCAUUCCAGUGCCAACUGUUGUUGACGAUAGCUACAUUGAUGCAGCUUCUCUUGAAAGGCAACAAGCUCUUCGAGGAAAUCGUGGUGAAGAAGAGGAUGCGGAAGACUCUGAGGACAUUGAGGAUGAAGAAGACGAUGAUGACGAAGACGACGAUGACGAAGAUGAUGAGGAGGAUGAUUAUGAGGAUGCGGAUGAAGAUAUCAAAAAACGUCAAGAGCGGGAAGCUGCCAGAUCACUGCUUUCUCUAGCUCAGACUCCUCAUCCCUCCCCUGGGAGUGACAGAGCAAAGGAAAAAGAGGCCCGGGAAGCAGGACUUGUGGCCCCUAAAGGUGCUCGAGGGCUCAGUACAUACCCUUACAGGCUAUCUCCUGAGCAUCCAAGAAGAAUAACCUCAUCUAUUCCCGGUACUCCAACUCUUUCUGCAAUAAGUGAGCACAAGGAAAGAGAGAAGGUAUCUCACAACACUGGACUUGCACGAGAUAUUCACGAACAAGGUGUCUAUGUGGAAGAUGGAACCAAGCCCUUGGCAGAGCUGAAUAUAGGAGAUGGACAUCAGCGUUACUAUUUCCCAUCUAGUCGUGAUGUUGGAGGUGGCAGUGCCAUAGUUUCAGAUUCCAUCAAAGAAGAGUCCAAUGAAUCUGAAACCCAAGCUACAGGGGACUUAGUGAAUGGUGAUGACAACUCCAGUCAAGUUAAAUUGGGUACUACAAGCAGAAGAAUGCCUUCUUUGCUAAAACCAAUGCAAUUGUCAGUCGCUCCUCGUACUCCCACUACACCUAUAUCAGAAAUACUUACUCCUGUGUCAGAACCUGCCUUUUUACUGGCAUCUUUAUGCAGCACAAUGGAGAAACUCCCCCUCAGUUUAGCCACACCAAGGGACCCCCAUCAAGAUUCAGCUCUUCUCCAGACUUACUUACGUGAAAGAGCAGUGCAAGAUGCUCGUGUGAAGCAGAGCCAGUAUCAUCCAAGGCUGCUUAAAGAGGGUGCCGAUGUCCUGACUCCUGUUGGAACCCCUGGAACACCAACAUCCAGUGGUACCCCAACUUUAUCAUAUUCUAAUGCAAUGUCUCUUGCGGACUCGGUACGCAACUCUUCAUGUACAACAACUUUCACUUCCGUCUCCCAGCUGGUCUCAUCUCACAUCAGUACCAGUUGUCAAGAAAGUGCCAUCCCAAGGCCUCCACCUCUUGUAUGGGCUCUGCAGAAAUCUGUGAAAGCCAGUGAAAUUGAUUUGAAACUACCAAACUCUUGUGCCAAUACUGUAGAGACUUUAGGCCAGAGUAACACAAAUGCCAAUGUUGGAGGUGUGUCAAGUAUAUCAUAUGUGGCGACUCUACCUGCAUCUCCUGUGUCUGUGAAGCAAGAAACUGUUCUGUCACCUGUCAAGCCUUUGACAACAUUAGCCUCCCUGCAUUCCAUCUCAUCUGUAAAACUGGUGGAUGCCAUGAGUUCCAGGUCUAGAGAAAAUAGUGAGACAGAUGCUGGAGCAGAUACGCAUCAUCAUGCUGCACAAGGUGUUGAUGCAAGCUCAACACAGGAUGUCAAGCCUGAAGCUCUGGUUCCAUCGCAACCAAGUGAUGAUAAAAACAAUUCAACUCAAUCUGUGAUAGCCAUUGUGUCAUCAAGUGGAAGUGACACAGUAUUGUCAUCUGCAAAGCCUACUGAUGAGGUGGCACUUCCCAUCUCCACAACUGGAUCUCUUCUGUCUUCGAACAGUGUUAUAGUUGCCUCCUCUGGCACUUCUUCCCCUCCCCCUCCUUCAACCAAUCUAAUCAAAAAACCCAAGGCAGAGUUCAUGCCCCCAUCCAGUGGCCCUGCACCCAGCUAUGUCAGUGUUACUGAAGAUGGAAGAAGUAAAUGCACCAUCUGCAACAAAGUAUUUUCAAAGCCAAGUCAGUUGCAUCUUCAUGUCAACAUACAUUAUUUUGAACGUCCAUACCGCUGUGAUGCUUGCGCAGUUUCUUUCCGAACACGGGGCCAUCUUCAGAAGCAUGAACGAUCAGUAUCUCAUCAUAAUAAGGUGAGCAUGAAUUCUACAUUUGGGACACCAACAACUACUAAUCCGAGGCCUUACAAAUGUGAUGACUGCAAAAGUGCAUUCCGUAUACAUGGACAUCUUGCAAAGCAUCUUCGAUCAAAGAUGCACAUUAUGAAACUAGAAUGUGUUGGCAAAUUGCCAUUUGGCACUUACGCUGAGAUUGAACGCUCCGGUGUCAAUAUCAAUGAAGUUGAUACUACUGACUGUGAUAGUUCUCUUGAAAGUUUAUUGGUAUUAGCUAAAAAACUAUGUGAAAAGGAUCCCACAAAGUUAAACCAGUGGAAGCAGCCAGAAACAACAGCUAGUGACAUAGAGGAGUCUUCUGAUGAAGGAGAACCUAUCAUGUUUCAUGGCAUCCCAUUCCCAGAUGUUGUUGAUACAGGAGAAGAGGACAACACUCCUCAACAAGAAGUCCAGAACCAGACAUCCCAAGUGCCACCACCCCAGCCACCUCAACAAUCUACUCAACAGCCGCCUCAACAUUCAACCCAGCAACCAUCCCAACAACCACUUCAACAAUCAACUCUACAACCAUCUCAGCAACAGUCUCAACAGCAACAAUCUUCUCAACAACAAACACAAGCUCCUCAGCAGCAGCUUCCAGUGCAGCCAGCUCCAUCCGUUGUAACUUCCCACCAGUCCAUGAAAAAUUUUGUGAAGCAAGAUCAAGGUGUGCCUAGAAACAACACUACAGCUGCAGCGGCGGCAGCGGCAGCAGUUGCAGCAGCUGCAGUUGUGGCUGCAGCCUCUGCUCCAGGUGCUCGCAUAUUCCCUUCGUCACAUUAUCCAGCUCCUGGAUCGAACGGAUUGCCUAGCUUCGUGAAUACUGUAACAAAGAUGGAUUUGCAGUCAGAUAAAGUGCCUUUUCCAGGAUCGUCAGUAGGCCUAACAAAAGAUGGUAAUAAUAGUGGUAUGAAUAAAAACAACUAUAGCUUUCCAGCCCCUGCUGAUCUAAAAUUUAGAUCACUGAAUGGUCAAUGCAUAAUGCUUAGCAGGAGUACUCUUUUCCCGCAAGAAACAGAACCAGGUGUACUUGAUAGGAGAUUAGGACAUCAAGAAGGAGCUCAUGAAUUGCAAGAGAAGACAGACAGCAGGUCUAGUGUGUGUGAAGUGCCUAACAAGACUGAUUUAGUAUAUGGAGAACAGUCUCUUCACCCACCUGCCAACAGGUGACCAGGAGAUAAAGCUUUGCUCAAAUUUUGUGUCAUUCUUCUCUGUUUCCUCCUUAACAUAAUGUGAGAUGCUCAUCACGAGAACUGCUUUGGUUUUGAGACACUAAGUGAAAAGACAGCCUCUCCAUCACUUUUAGUAUAUAAUUAAGCCCUACAUAUGAUAAGUAAAGAAAAUCAGGAAGCAUUGAGGCUUUCAGGUUUAUCAUUGAAUUUUAUGGUAGUUGAUGCAGUAGCGACAGUGAAUGACUGUGGUACUAGGAGAGUGGCAAGGCAAGGGACAUUUGCUUGUGAUGUGAUAGAUUAGUGAAAAUUAGGUAGUGUUUAUUCCAUAAAUUUUUACCUUAAAUAAUUUUUUUUUUUUUUUUGUUAUUGUCAAAUUUUUAUGGGCGACUCAAAAUUUUACACAAACUGUAUUUGCUUUUGAGGGUGUACAUAAUUUAAAUGUAAUUUUUUCCCCCCUUUUGAAAAGGCACAGAACAUAUCAUGUAUCUUUUGUGAUAUCUGUGCAUUUCUAUUGAGCAGUUGCCUGAUUUUAAGGAUUUGGUCUCUAUCAUAGUCAACUCAGCUUAAGAUGAUUUGCCUCUUUACUUCCCUUAUACUUCUCAAUUUUGACUUCAAGUAGCCCUGUAUCGUGUAAAUUAUGUGCCAAUCUCCGAUUAAUGUAACAUUUAGUAAGACUGAAACAGAAGUUUCACAUUAAAAGGUUUUGAAAGACCUUUUUCUAUUUCUUCUGCAAAAAUGCAACUCAAAAGGAAAGUUAGGCUAUCAAUAGAAAAUUAUCCCUGUGAGCAACUGAGUUAGAUCGACCAAAGAGCAUAUCAUGUAUACAGAUCAUGUACAUCAAUCAUUAAUUUUUCUCCUUUGUGCUUCAUGCUGAAAUGAGAUAAAGCAGUUGCUCAACAACUGCUUUUGUCUAAAUGAUUUUGAAUGGUUAGUUAAAUUGCUGAAGCCAUUCAUCAUUCAUUGUCAUCGUUGCAUUUCUGUGACAGUGGCUAAUCCAGGAACAAAUAUUGGUCCACGUUAACUGAUAGUGUUAUCAAGCAAGCUUAACAAAAAGCUUUUUCAAAAGUAAGUUGUGGAAAGUUAUGUUAACCUAUCCACCCUUGAAUUGCCUAAGAAUAUUACACAUCAGCAGGACCAAGAAAUUAAUCACUAAUUUUCUUCUAAAUACUGUUUGAUUGAACCAGUUGUGAAUUUCUUCUUGUCUGCAAGUGAUUUGCUUAACUAUAUUAUGCCAGAGCUUCCAUUUUACAUAUCUCAUGCAAGAACUUUAUUGUAUUCCAAGUGAAUGGUCAGAUUGCCAACCCUUAGCUUGUUUAAGUUACGAAAUUUUACUCGGCUUAUCAUUCGAGGUCUUCAUGCCCAGUUAGGAUUUACUGCUUUUUCGAAUUUUUGUCAUGUUGACCCAAGAAACUGAGUUUGUUUAGACUAGCUCAUCAAAUUUCCUUCAAAAUUAUUAUUUUUGUAUGUUUUAUUAAGAUCAUAGUAGCCUGUACUAUGUAAUAGUAAGGUCAGUUAAAAAUGAUUUUUCUUCAUCUCCCUAUCUAAAGAGUACCUGCUUUAGUUUGUACCUUUCUUAGUUAAGGUCAAACCCAAUAGUUAACCAGUUCCUUUCCCAAUCCUCUUUAGUUUCUUUGUUAAUUUCUUUUUUUCUGUUUUUUUUUUUUUUUUAAUUGCUUGAUUUUGUGAUCAGCAUAAGCUCAAUGAAUUUGUAAAAAAUGUACGUACAUUUUUGGGUGUUGCCGAAUGCUUGCAAAUGGAUUUUUGCAAUGUUUUGUUCAAUUGUGUAUUUUGGCUUUGCCUUAAAACUGAUGUAUUUUAGAAACAUGUGAUCUGUUGCUGAACUGCAUGUGUGUAGAGAUUCCUCUUUAAUGUCAUAAGUCAUAUUUAUAAAAGUGGCAUUAGAAGUAAUGGCUCCCUAGUAGCUUUGUGUCUGACACGCAUACAAAAUUUUGUGAUUGGGAACAAAUUGUCUGCCUCACAGUGCAAGUUAUUAUAAUGUAUUUAUGUGUAGAAACAUAGGCCAGCAGCAUUUUUGUUUUGUACAUAUGUAUCUAUAUAUUUGUAUAUAUACACACAUAUAUACAUAUGCAUAUACAUAGGAAGUUAAAGAGAAAAUUGUGAGUAUUCAUUGUCACUGACGCAAUGGAUUUCUUUUGGUGUGUUGUAGUGAACACAUGCUUUUUGUCUGUGACAUCUGUGUCCAAUGAAACAAAUGACUGAUCAUUA